UUUAAUAAAAUAAUUAUUUUGUUUAUAAUUCAUUGAUUAAAAUAUUUUCGACUGACGAAUUACUGUUGAAGCGAAUAGACACGAAUUCUUUUAUGUUUAACAUUAUGAUUAGCGUUGAGAUUAUCAUGCAACGGAAAGUUGUGGCAUAAACGAAACUCUACAUUGGCGGUGGUUUGUGCGGUUUUCUAAUAUACAAAAUUUAAAACGAAAAAUUGGCAAAGAUAGUUCUAUUUAUUGCCAAAAAGACACGAUGAUUGUUUGAUGUUUGGUGGUCUUUUUUUGUGCAACAGCCAAUAUCUCAUUUCAUAUAAUACGAAAAUGAGUUGGUUUUUGGAACGGGUCGUGAAACUUUCCGUUUAUCUAAAAAAAAGCAGUUACCAAUGUGAAAUCAAUUUUUAAUUGAGAUCCAAUUAAUAUUACGGACUAUUUUCUAGUAAAUUUAUUUUUUGUACUGAUCUACCACUUAGUAAUGAGAUUAGUCCAGAUAAUAUGUGCAUUAAUUCUGCUUAAAAUUAAAAUGGUUUCUGUAUCAACUCAAGCAGUGAUCGCAUCGACUUACACUAUGGAUGAAGGAUAUGAUAAAAAUGAAAGACCGAGCGCACUAACAGAUGUUUCGAUUGGACUGUAUCUGAAUCGCAUAUCAGCAGUCAACGAAAACAAUGAAUUUCGGACGAAUUUUCAGGAAAUUUCUAUCGAUGUUUUCCUACAAGUUAUAUGGGAGGACAAACGCAUCAAACACAAAAAUGAUCCGAACACAACCAUACCCAGUUACAUUGAAUUGAAAACGGAAGAGAGGCAUGAGAUUUGGGUACCUGAUCUGUAUAUACGACAACUUAGGGAGAUGAAAGUUCUGAAGCUGUUUGAAGAAAUUUCUAGCCUAAGAUUGUACAGAAAUAGCACGGUAGUCUUCAGCAUGGGUGCAACCAUAAUCAUCAAGUGUGAUAUGGACUUUUUGCUGUAUCCCCUAGAUGUACAAAUAUGUCCGGUAGACUUUAGUAGUUACAAAUAUUCUGUGAAAGACAUGACAUUUCGAUGGAAAAAAGAGAAUCCUAUAACGUUCCCCAAGGAUUUCGAUGAGGGCUUUUUCCGUCUGCCAAAAUACGUCGUAUCAUUUUCAACCGAACAAGAUCCACAUAUCGUUUAUUAUGGUGACGUUGACCACUGUAGCGCUCGACUUGAGAUAACACUGUCGCGUGAGCUUAAGAGCUAUUUACUGGAACACUAUCUUCCGUCCACGUUAUUUGUGUCAAUGUCGUGGGGAAGUUUUGUUGUCAUACCGGAAGUGGUACCCGGUCGAAUGGUUUUACUGGUCACGACACUACUUACAUUAGUUACAAUGUUCAAUACAGUUCGCAACAAUUCCCCAGAUUCACUCGAACUGAAAUGCAUUGAGGUGUGGUUGAUAAGUUGCAUCCUUUUUGUAUUUCUCGCCCUAAUUGAGUAUUUCAUCGUACUUUUCGGAAUACGUUACGAUAAGCAUUGGCGAACCGCCAAAACAAUAACUAAGGCAAUGGCAAUGUCUAACAGUGAAACGCAGAUGCCGAAUUCCAUGCAACGAAAAAACGGCUUAGAACAAUCAGCACGAGCAUUCCAAAAUUUGAACAAAAUUACGCCGGAGAAUAAAAAGAAAAUAACAAACAUCCCAUCGAACGCACCACCUAUUGCAAAUUCAACAGCCAAUAUUCAUCCGAUUGAGAAUAACACCGGAAGCAUUUCUUCCAAUCCAAAUACAAUCAACAGAAAACGUUUCCGGAAUGCAGCCGAGGUGGCUAUUUUGUAUGCGGGUUCUCAACGUGGGAAAUUGGACCAGAUAUCUUUAAUCAUCUUCCCACUUUCUUUUCUCGUCUUUAGCAUGGUCUACUGGAUAUUGUACAUAACGGAGUCAAAGAAACGAAUGUGAUUGUGAAGCACAUCAAUUUUUUUUUUAUA